AUGUCAAAUGAUAUGUUACAUCGCCAAGAAAUGAGCAAAAAUAUAGCAGCAAUUAUUGAUGGUUAUGUUAAUAGUAUAUACAAUGAACAUGAAAAAGAAGAUGUAUCUAAUUUAUCAAUCCCUAUAAUUCAAAAGAAACUUAAGAAGAUUAACGAACAACAAAUAUUUCUUCAUGUUGAAAAUCGUCUUUUAUAUAAUUAUUUAAUAUGGUAUGAAAAGAAAAUGAUUCUAAAUCAAGAUCAAGAAAAGAAAGAUUCCGAUAAUAUUGUUCUAUCAAAUGAAAUCAAACAUAUCCCUCAUCAAAUUUUAAAACAUAAAACUAAACAACCAUUAUCAAUUCAAAAGAAACGUGAAAUAGCUGAAGCAACUUUUAAAGUUCUUCUUGCUUAUUCACAAAAAUAUGGUACUAAUACAAUACAAUAUGUUGAUGAAUGCAUUAAUACAAUGGAAACUGAUGAUGAAAUCAUCGAUUAUUUAGAACUUGAAUUAAUUACGUUGAAAAAGUUUAUUCAAAAAAUCGAUGAAAAUUUACGUAAUGCACAAAAGAAAUUUACAGCUGAAGAACUUUUUGCUUUCGUUCACGAUCGAAUUCGUUAUCGAAAACGGCAAAAAACAGUUCGUCUUCGUUUUCAUAUUGAUGGUAUUGAAAAAUCACUUCGAAAAAUUCGUCACUUAGUUGAUACAGUAACAGAAGUAGAUUUUGAACAAUUAAAAAUUGAUAUAGAAAAACAAUUAAAAGAAUUAAAUAUGAAAAAUAAAAUGCUUAUAUUUUAUAAACGACAACAAUCAGAAGCAAAUAUGAAACUUAAUGGAAAAAAGCCAGAAUUAUUUAAAGAAAUUCGUGCACUUACAUCAAUACGUAAUGAAAUCAAUAAUACAAUUCAACAAUUAAAUCAUUACAAUGAAGAAAUUAUUGAAUAUGAAAAAAUAAAUGAUCCUCUUCGCGAAAUGAUUACAUCCUAUCGUGUACCAUCAAUAAAUAAUUAUGUUGAUUUAAAAUCUAAACAAAUAAAUCUCUAUCGUCAAAUACAUGCAUGGGAACGUAAAGUAGAAAUUGCUGAACGUGAAUUACAUUUACGUCAAAUUGAAUCAAUAAAUUAUCCAGAAAAAAUUAUUCAUCCAUGGAAAUAUCUUCAGAAUCCAUCAUCUAUUCUUUUCUAUAAACGUUACAAAACAUUAAGUAAUCGAACAAAUGAACAAUAUGAAAUUCAUGCUACUACUAAUGUCAAGAAUAAAUUGAAUAUUUCUCUUCCUACAUUAAAUAACAAAUCGGCGAUAAGUGUUGACAUGUAA